AUGGGAAAAGAUUUAAUAAAUAAAAUGAAUUCAAUCAAAGAAAAAGUAGCAUUUUUACAAUGUUUAGAAAAAAUUGAUUAUAAUAAUCAAAUACCAAAAUAUCCUGCUCAAUGUAUAAUAUUGGCAAAAGAUAAAAAAUUAACUAAAAUUGGUAAUCGAAAUAAAAGGCAAUCAUAUAGAUUUAGAGAAAUGUAUCAUAUUCAACGUGAAAAUAUAUCAAAUUAUAAUGUCAUAAAAAAAGAUAUUAUUAAUGAAUUAAAAACAAAAGAUUCAGAAGAUUCAUUUUUUAGAAAAAUUGUUAGAUUCUUUACAAAUCUUUUUACUUUUAAUAGUCCUAAAAAAGAAGUAAAAAAAAAAAAGACUUGGAAAGAAACAUAUCAAAAGAUUAAAAUGCUCAAUAAUAUAAUAAAAGGUAAAAACAUAAAUACUGAAAAUUUGUAUAAACGUGUUUUUGAUUAUGUUUCUGAAGAUCAACCUGAAUAUUUAAUAAGAUAUGUUCGAUCAACAACACCUUCAAAACCUUUGGAAUUACAAUUUGAUGAUUUAAUAUAUACAUUAAGAAAACAUUACUCUGGUAAAGAAACACCGUCAAUUUUAUCUCCAAAAUUUGCUUCCAUUCUUCCAUCAAAUAUUAGAAAUCGAGAAUCAAAAAAUUCAUUUUUAAGUCCAAAUUUAUUUCCACUUUAUCAUGAUGAAGAAGAUCCCAAUUCAAAAAAUGAUAUUUUACCUUUACCAAAAGUAAUGAAUGAAUUAGGUAUGGAUGACAAAGAUAAAGAAGCAGUUUUAGAAAUGGUUAUGGAUGUCACUGGUGCUGAUUCAAUUAUUGAAGAUGUUACUAAUAUUUUAAAAGACAAUGGAUUCGAAGAUGAUAUUAAUAAAAUAACAGAUUUUGUUUCUAUAACUUUUAAAAAUAUUCAAAAAACUUUUAGUUUUAGGCAAAAACGUGAUAUGGAAAGUUUAAAAUACGGAUUUUUAACAUCAAGUCAAUUAGAAAUAUUAUUUGGAAUUAAUGGUCCAUAUAAAACAAAAAGAAGUAAUUUUCCUUUUAGCAUUGCAGAAUAUAAAAAAAUGACAAUUGUUGAUAAGAAAAGAGCAUUAUGGGAGAGUAUAAGAAAAAUUAGUGAACUUCCUGAUCCAAUAGCAAAAAAUAGAGGUGGUAGUAGAUUUUUAUCAAGAAGAUUUAAAAGAACUUUAAUAUUAAAACAUGAUCAUACAACAUUAUCACCUUUUGCUUUUUCACCAUCAAUUAAUACUUUUACAUUACUUGGACCAACAACAUUAUCACCAUCAUUAUUUUCUCCAUCUAUUAUUGCUCCAUAUUUAUUAUCACCACCAGUUUUAUCACCACAAGUAGGAAAUCCAAUGAUAUUUUCUCCAUACGUUCUUGGACCAAAUGUUCUUUCAGCAGCCGUUUUUAAUGCUUAUGUUUUUAGUCCAUAUGUCUUAUCACCAAAUGUUAUAAAUCCUUAUGUUUUAUCUCCUGUAAUUUUAUCACCAUUUGUUUUAUGUCCAGAUGUGUUAUCACCAACAGUUUUAUCUGGAGUUGUUUUAUCACCUUCUGUACUGUCACCUUCUGUAUAUACGGAUACAAUACUUGCUGCCAAUGUUUUAUCACCAACAUUUUUAUCAUAA